GACAGACGCGAACAUAACUCGCUCCCACUUGGUCGUCCGGCUAAACGCUCUCCGCCGCCGUUGUCGCCAUCACAUAACUAUCGGCUCUGUUGCAGCGCCUUUCCGUUUCGUGCAGUUUCCUCUCCACGUUACUAUAUAAUAUUAUAUUAUAUCUAUUAUCGUAACAAUAAAAUAAGUAAGUUUUCCAGUUUAGUUACCACGAUCGGUCAUUGUUUUCGCUGUCGGUGGAAUAUACCCCGGCCACCACCGCCCCUGGUUGGUAUGUAAAACGACCACACCGCUGUCUGUAGAGAAAUCACACGCACGGCGCCAAAGUUAAAAUCAAAAGAGAGAGACAGAACAUCCUCGCCAAGAACGAGAUGAAUCAACAAUGUAAGGUUUGUGAUGAACCGGCAGCCGGCUUUCAUUUCGGAGCUUUUACAUGCGAAGGGUGCAAGUCGUUUUUCGGUCGAGCACACAUCAAUCCUUCGGCGGCGGCGUCAGCCAAGUGCAAGUCGGGCAGCGAUCGGUGUGUGAUUGACAAGAAAACCCGAACAUCGUGCAAGGCAUGCCGGCUGAAGAAGUGUCUGGCCGUGGGCAUGUCGAAGAACGGUUCACGGUACGGCCGUCGGUCCAACUGGUUCAAGGUCCACUGUCUACUCCAUGAAAGGCGACUUCUAACCACCGGCCACAAAGACCACUACGAUAAGGGUGAAGUCAGCCCUACACUGCCACCACUGUCACAUACCCCACGUAUGGCGCUGUUUUCUUUACCUUUACCGCUGCUGAUGGCGCCACCGUUAUUCCAGCUUCUCGGUAACGCACCAAGCGGUCGGGCUCCGUUACCGAGGUCUGAGUGGUCAGCCUUUCACGAGAUCACCGCCUUCGGAUUAGUAGACGAAGAUCACCGACCCGUAGAUCUCACCGUUCGACAGUCGGCCGACGACAAAGAUGACGACAACAACAACAACAACAACGAGACAACCGCAUGGAAGACCACCAAUAAGUUAAGACUGCUGCAGCAGAAGGACGCGUCCGCAACGCCUCUCGACCUCUGCAUCGGGACCACCCACCGCCAAAACUUGGCAGGUGACGGCCGUUCUUGACGCCCGCAACGAGAUGGCGUGUUAAGUCUAAAAUGAUAUAUACGAUACUGCCAAGACAUGGCAAGCCACUUGAGAAUAACUAUAACUACCGAUCGCAAACCCAAACAAAUAUAAACAAACCACAUUCUCCCACCAACAUACUUCGCUGUUUAGACUACCAGACUAAGAAUCGGACUUAUCACCCUAUA